CUUUCCAAGGCAUUAAGGGCAUUUUGAUGAAAUUUGGGACAUCGAUAUUUCUUGCAAUGAAGAUGCGCGAUCGCCAAUGAACCCCAACAAUGGCAGAACCAGAUGCAGUAGAAUUGGCCAAGCAAAGAUGCAGAGCGGUUAUGGACAUGAUCGAAGCGCUACCUUCUUCCACCAACAUCACCCUUUCAAGUAGCCGAACUCUCCACAAAUUGGCUCUUCGCGAGCUCAAUUUCCUCUCUCGCUGCUCCUCUUCGUCAUCCACCCCGCUCAGCUUGAACAUUGGGCACCUCGAGGCCAUUGUUCACAUUCUUCAACAUCCUUCCGUCGCUGGAAUUUCACGUGUCUGUAAGCCGAUUCCAUCUCCCUGUUCGAAAGCUGUUUAUGUUGAUAUAAUCUGCACUUUGAACAGGAAUCCUGUGUGGAUUAUUGUAUCGGAUAGAAAACCUAGGUAUAUUUCUUGGCACAGGGGCCAUAGGAGUAAGGGUUUGAAAUCUCGCAUUGAGGAAGUAGUCGAUGCGGCUCGCUCUUUGCAGGCCUUGGAACCUUGCUCGAUCAUCUUGUUUUUUUCGCAUGGACUUGAUCAGUUCAUUCUCGAAAGACUCCGAGAUGAAUUUAGGGCUACGGAGUUUAAUUUCAAUUUCUCGGACAUGGAUUUUGAUUUCUCUGAGAUUGAUGAUGAUUGGGUUAAUGUGCUUCCAAGAAGAUAUAAAGAAGCCUGUGUUCUUGAAAUAAAAGUUAAUGAUAGGAAUUGCGGGAUUACGAGUUCAAAUUGCAUCAGUAAAUUAUGUUCUACUGGUGUGAAUGAACCAGAGAUUUUGGACAAGUAUGUUGAGAGAGAUCUUGGGGUUCCUUUCUGCUCUGUUGUUAAGGCAAUGAAACCUAAUCCUAUGAUCGGGAUCGAAGAUCUCGAAUCCACGAGUUUGGAACAUUUGUUGGAUGGUGAUACUGAUCUAAUAAAUUUCGAUACCACGGCAUUGAUUGCACUAGUAUCAGGCAUUAGUAAUGGUUGUGUUGCAAAAUUAUUGGCUACUCCAGAGGAUGAAUUGAAACAGAAGUACAAGAGUAACUAUGAUUUUGUUAUUGAUCAGGUUAUGUCCGAAAUUCAGAAGCCGAUUCUUGUGGAGCUGAGUUCUUUUUUAUCUGGAAAAAGAGGUAUAAUAUGCCAAAGUGUUCACUCUGAGUUCAAGGAACUAGUUACAAUGUGUGGAGGGCCGUACGAGAAGUCCAGAUCAAACUACUUACUAAAGCACAUCAUCAUGGUUGUGCCAGACAUGGCAUCAAAACGUAUGACGUGUCUCCCGACCACGAGAAAGCUAGCUUUGAAGAACAAGAUCGUGUUUGGUACUGGCGACUACUGGAAUGCCCCAACCUUGACUGCUAACAUGUCAUUCGUUCGAGCAGUAUCGCAGACUGGGAUGUCCCUUCUUACCUUGGAGCAUAGGCCUCGAGCUUUAACUGGCGAUUAGUUGAUAAACACGUGUUUAAAACGCGAUCUCUGAUGACAGUAGGUGAGUUCAACAAUAUAUGAGAAUGGAGAUUUAGAUCUUUAUCCUUUUGGUCGGGAAUAUAAUAUCUUAUCGCUACAAAAAUUCUGUCACUAAGUUGUUGGACACUUAUUUUGGAACUCUUUCUGGAACUUUUAGCUUUUACGCAUCUUCAAUUGAAAUUGUUCAAUGUGUGUCUUA